AUGGUCGCAGAAUACCUGACCGUCCGGAACCUCACACCAACAACACUAAUAUUGAACCAUGUUGAUCGGUUCCUGGUCCUUAACGUCCUAAAAUGCGACACUAAACAGGUGAAAAAUGAGUUGAAGAACAGUGUGACCGGAUCUGCAGCAGUUGCGGACACCUCGACGCAGAAUUCGGGUCCUUUUGUUAGACAGGACGUGUCAAUUCGGAUCGAAUCCUUCCACUCUGUGAAAACCGGGCUUUUGACAACGGAAGGCGAGAAUGAUCAAAUUCAAAUCACUGCAUCCACUUGGGAGUCCGCCACGUCGAAACCGCUUGUCGACAGUCCCCGUUUCCGAUUUACUGGAAUUUAUAUAAUCCCGGAAUCACACCUUGCGAUAUACCCCUGUGCCAACCUAAAUGCUUGGAUGCGCGAGUUCACUGAUGAAACGUAUCUUUCUGCCCUUUCUAUUCCCGGUACGCAUAAUUCCUCAGCAUACCAUUUAGCUGCACCCUCAGUCCGUUGCCAGGCUGUCAGCUCUCGGGAACAACUAGAAAAUGGCAUUCGAUUUUUUGAUAUUCGGGUGCAGCCCCGAUUCCCUAACGAACCAAGCAAGGACAAACUGCUGUUUGUCCAUGGCGUAUUCCCAAUCUCUUUUUCGGGACCCAAAUACUUGCGCGACCUCGUUAGCGAAGUUGAAUCAUUCCUCACGGAAAACCCUUCUGAAACUCUCAUUAUGUCCGUGAAGCGGGAAGUGCCGGGGAAACACACUGAUGAGCAACUUAGUCGCAUUCUCCGGGACCACUACGCGUAUGACGGGAGUAAGUGGUACACGGAGCCUCGUGUCCCAUUGAAGAAAGAAUGUGGAGGAUUGGGCUGGGGCAUUGAUGCUGAAGACUUGCCAGAUAACACCCCAUAUUCAGUUUGUCCAAGCGGAGAUUUAUGCAUUCAGGACUUCUACCGGGUACUUGAUAGAACGAUGAUUCCGCGGAAAAUAGACUAUGUUAAUUCUCAAUUUGAAAGGGCGGCGGAACUGCGCAAUCCAUUUGGCAUCAUCGGGGAAAAUAGAGCAAAUAAUGAUGAUCGUGGAGAUCACGAAUUUCCUUUUUAUAUAAAUUUCCUAAGCGCGAGCAACUUUUGGAAUGUUACGACUUGGCCGGAGAAGAUUGCGGCAAGAGUGAAUCCUGCGGCGGUGGAUUAUUUGUGUCGCAAGCAUCAUGGGAAGAAAGGGGAUUGGUCUACGGGAAUUGCAGUGUGCGAUUUGGUUGGAUUAGGCGGGGACUGGGACCUCGUGAAGUGUGUCGUCGAAGAAAAGGGAUCCAAUUAUCUCCUACUCUUUUGGACCAUCUGCCUUCCCUUCACCCGCGCUCUGAACACCAGUCUCAGGUCCCUUCUGCUCUUCUUCCAAAACACUCCUGCGGCUCUCGAGGGCAAGUCGUACAGACCGAGGUUCGCCCUCCGUCCUGGAGCAGGGAACUGUGGUGGCUUGGGUGCCAAAAUUGACAGGGAAGCUGAGCACAGCAAUCGGGCCAACCAAGAUGUUGGAGAGAUCAUGAUGUCCCUUUUUGUCGACAGCGUUUGUUUCGUCAACUUUUUGCAAAGCUUUCGUAAGCUCGCGACGGAUGCCGGCCCAUUCUACGGAUUGAAGGUUGUUAUGCUGGAAGAUCAGGAUCAAUGGUGUUGUGCGGAGCAGGGAGGUGUAUUGGCGGUGGAGCUGGGAUUUGCGGAACUCGGGCCGGCGAUGCGAUGA